GAGAAAACCUAUGUUCCACGCCAUAUACCAUAGCAUCUCCCAAUGCCUCAACUCAACCACUGCUUCUCUGUUACAAGCACGACAAGCCCAUGCCCACAUCCUCAAAUUUGGUCUCUUUGGCGAUACCCACCUCACCACAAGGCUCCUUUCUCUCUACGCAAACAACCUAUGCUUCCCCGAAGUCAACCUCGUACUCUCUUCCCUCCCUCAACCCAACUUGUUCUCUUUCUCCACCGUCAUCCACGCUUUUGCAAGAUCCUACCAAUUCCACCACGUUCUCGGUGCUUUCUCUCAAAUGGGUUCUCGGGGUCUGGUCCCUGAUGGGUUUCUUCUCCCCAGUGCUAUCAAAGCUUGUGCUGGGUUGAAGGCUUUGAAACCUGGGCGACAGGUUCAUGGGUUUGUUUCUGUUUCUGGGUUUGCUUCUGAUUCCAUUGUGAUGUCUUCUUUGGUGCAUAUGUACUUGAAAUGUGACCGAAUUGAGGAUGCCCACAAGCUGUUUGAUAGUAUGCCGGAGAGGGAUGUGGUUGUUUGGAGUGCUAUGAUCUCUGGUUACUCGCGCCUUGGGCUUGUUGAUAAGGCUAAAGAACUCUUUUCUGAGAUGAGAAAUGAGGGUGUGGAACCGAAUUUGGUGUCAUGGAAUGGUAUGAUUGCUGGGUUCAGUUAUAACGGGUCACAUGUUGAGGCAGUGAUGAUGUUUCAGAUGAUGUUCUCAGAAGGCUUUUGGCCUGAUGGGUCUACUGUCUCUUGUGUUCUUCCUGCUAUAGGGAACUUGGAGGAUGUGGUAAUGGGCGCCCAGGUUCAUGGUUAUGUUAUCAAGCAGGGCCUGGGAUUAGAUAGGUUUGUGGUCAGUGCACUGCUUGACAUGUAUGGAAAAUGUGGCUGUGCUUCAGAGAUGUCUCGGGUGUUUGAUGAAGUUGAUCAAACGGAAAUAGGUUCUUUAAAUGCUUUUCUUACUGGUUUAUCACGUAAUGGUCAGGUUGACACUGCAGUGGAGGUGUUCAAGAAGUUCAAGGCCCAAGAAAUUGAAUUGAAUGUUGUGACAUGGACAUCAAUAAUAGCCAGCUGCUCCCAGAAUGGGAAAGACAUGGAAGCUAUGGAGCUUUUUAGAGAUAUGCAGGCUGAUGGGGUGGAGCCUAAUGCUGUAACAAUCCCAAGCUUGAUUCCUGCUUGUGGAAAUAUUUCAGCAUUAACGCAUGGAAAGGAAAUCCAUUGUUUUUCUCUUAGAAAGGGAAUUUUUGAUGAUGUGUAUGUAGGUAGUGCAUUGAUAGAUAUGUAUGCCAAGUGCGGAAGAAUCCAUUUAGCUCGGCAUUGUUUUGACAAAAUGUUAGCCCCAAAUUUGGUUUCUUGGAAUGCAGUUAUGAAGGGAUAUGCAAUGCAUGGAAAGGCUAAGGAAACAAUUGAGAUGUUUCAUAUGAUGCAGCAAAGUGGCCAGAAGCCUGACUCGAUUACCUUUACAUGUGUGUUAUCUGCGUGCACCCAAAAUGGCUUAACAGAAGAGGGAUCACAUUAUUUUAAUAGCAUGUCCAAAGAACAUGGCAUUGAAGCUACAAUGGAACACUAUGCUUGCAUGGUGACACUUCUCAGUCGUGUAGGAAAACUUGAAAAAGCUUAUUCUAUCAUCAAGGAAAUGCCAUUUGAACCUGAUGCUUGUAUAUGGGGAGCCUUGCUAAGUUCUUGUAGAGUUCACCAUAAUUUGAGUUUAGGUGAGAUUGCUGCAGAGAAGCUUUUCCUGUUAGAACCAGACAACCCUGGGAACUACAUUCUUCUGUCCAAUAUCUAUGCUUCAAAGGGCAUGUGGGAUGAAGUAAAUAGAAUACGUGAUGUGAUGAAGGGUAAGGGAUUGAGGAAAAACCCUGGCUGUAGUUGGAUUGAGAUUGGACACAAAGUGCACAUGCUUCUUGCUGGUGACAAAUCACAUCCACAAAUGAAAGAGGUUUUGGAGAAGUUGGAUAAAUUGAGUAUUGAGAUGAAGAAGUCUGGUCACUUCCCCAAGACUAACUUUGUGUUGCAAGAUGUGGAGGAGCAAGAUAAGGAACAGAUACUGUGUGGGCAUAGUGAGAAGUUGGCAGUAGUAUUAGGACUACUCAAUACAAGUCCAGGACAGCCUCUUCAAGUGAUUAAGAAUUUAAGAAUAUGUGAUGAUUGCCAUGCUGUUAUAAAUUUUAUAAGCAGAUUAGAAGGAAGAGAAAUUUAUGUAAGAGACACAAAUAGAUUUCACCAUUUCAAAGAUGGUGUUUGCUCUUGUGGAGAUUUUUGGUAAAUUAUUCAUGGUUAUCUGAGGACUUCUCUUCAAGAGGAGUCCAUUAUCUGUCAUCGGUCCUUCCAUUAGAUCAGAAAGCAGAGAAUACGUUAGUCAAGAUUAUUUUCUGUUAACAAUAAUGUGAUACAGUGGAGUUAAUUAUCUUGAGAACAGGAUAUUUAUGCUUCAUUUUUUGGUGACUGGCGACUAAUAGUUCUUGGUGGCCUCAGUGGUUUUCAGUUUGGUAAACUUUUCUCUUCAUUGCUCUUUGUUCUUGUAAUGAACAUUCAUAGCAGCCUGAUUUAGAAUAUAUGGAGAGGAGACAGCUUGCAGGUCUGGAUAUUGGAACAGAAAAUUGAGAACUUUAACAUUUUUUACACGCCUAAUUCAAUUACUUUCUUCAUGAUUGAAAUGGAGCAUUUUCUAGCAUAAGGUGUUAUGAUUUGAAUUUUGAAGCUUUUUAAUGGUUGAGACUUGAGAGUAAACUUGGGUAACUGUGAAGCUAUUGAAAUGUUAACAUUGAUAGUUCUCUUCUUUGACCUGGGCCCUGCUUUGUCCUUUUCCAAGAUUUAAUAAUUGAUCCAUUCUUAGCCUAGGCAAGGUCCAUCUUGUUGUGAUAGAAAUGAACAAGAACAAAAGGCCUGAUAUUUUUUCAUCAGCAUGAUUGAGGAAGGAUGAUGAGGAAAAAUUUCAAGAAAACUGUAUAUUGAAUUGCCAAACCACCUACAUUGUGAAUCUUUCCAACAAUAAUUUUGGGGCUAGCAGAUUGGGAAAAUUCUUGGAUGUUUUCUUUGGGAACUCAUAGCCCGAGUCUGUAGAUUUUCUUUGGGUAAUAAUUUUGAAGGUUUUGAGGUUGUUAAGACUUAGCUUAUAAGGAGAAGUGUCUCAAAUUAACAUGUCUAUGAAUUUAGGGAUUGAUGUUAAAUUAUAUAUUACUUCUUUAUCGGUGGCUGGAGACACUGUUUACGGAUGUCUUCUGAAUUUUAAAAAUGUGAUUCUUUUGCUGUGCCUAUGACAUUGUGAAUUUAGGGUAUCUCCUAUUGAGAAAGCAUUCAUAAUUUCAUUGGCAAUUCCUAGAGAUAUUGUUCAGUUGUUGCUGAAUCACUCACUUCACUUGCUUGGCUGCAAUUGAAUUUUGGGCUUUAAUUCCACAUUGUGGGGUUCAUGAGUGUAAAGAAUUACUUCAACCCAAAAUCUUAAGGUGUUGGGUAAGGGCCUUUUUAAUGGUUUAUAUUAUUCUUUAACACACACCCUCACGUAAAAGCCCUUUAGGCUUGAAGCGUGGAUUAUUGCAUAAGCCCAAUUUUUGGUUUAUCUUAUGCUUAUUAAUUCCACAAAUGGAGGACGGUGAGGAUCGAACUCGUGACCUUGUGGUCACUGAGGCUUUGAUACCAUGUAAAGAACCACUUCAACCCAAAACUUUAAGGUGUUGGGUGAGAGCUUUUUUAAUGGUUUAUAUUAUUCUUUAACAAUGAGUAACACCACUGCUCCUAAUUUGCACCGAGAGAAUCACCUUAGAGAGUUAAAAUGGGUUUAGAAAUUUGUUUCCAGAUGUCUGAUGUUCAAAUGGUUAUGGCAAUCUAAUAGUGUUCAAUGCAAAAUUAAUCAUCUUUCAGGUUACAUAAAACAAAACUUGUUUAGUUAUAUUUGCAAAUGCAAGAAGUCAAGGUUACUGGUGUUGCUAUAAAUUGUAUUGUCGAAAAAGACUACUACAUCGUAUUAUCUGAACUCAAAUUCAAAUUUUCGAAUCUCAACUUUUAUGUUUCAGGAUGAUAUGACCAGUUAUUGUAUGUUUCCAUAACUUUUUAACAUUAAUUUUUAGUCCUUCACAUUUUUGACUAAGCAAGUUUUAGUAUGUGUUAAAAUUGUCAUAUGGUCCUUCCUAUAAAAUUAGCAAGAGAGUAGGAGCUACUUGCUGUGUACCUGUAGGAGCUCCACCAUUGAAGCACCAAACUCUUCCAUCUCAAAGUUGAUUAUGUCAUCAACUUUCGAAAUACAGCACUGGACAAUGCUAUGCUGGGUGAAUGGGUGGCAACCUUCUGCUGCAAUGGUUGAGUUUGCCUGUAGAUCUGUGCAAGUAUUCCUUUAGAUGCAGUGUUUGAAGAGGGUAGCCUUCUAGAGACUGCUUUCAAUGUUGUGAAGGACCAAGAAUAUUGUGGGAGAGAUCAAGGUGGCUCUCACUUUUACUGCUGAGGAAGUGCUAAAUCUAUUUCACUAUUAUUUUUCUUCAUGUUUAGAUGCCUAGCUCUCUCCCUAUUCAAAUAUACCACUAACUUAUGGUUUCAGAGAGAUGGUGACCAGGGUUACAGUGUGCAAAGAAUCGUGCAUGGAAUUUUAAAGUGAAGGAAGGGUUUGCAUAUUUCUCAGGUCCAGAAUUACUAUUAUGACAAAAAAGCAGCAGCAGUUUUGGGUCACUUUGGGAAUUUCAGUAGCUGUGUUUUUUCUGAUGUGAUGAUCUGGUAGUGUUGUGCUGUUAUAGUGCUUU